AUGCCCACAAAACCCCGCCGCUCAACCCACUUCAUCCUCGACUUCGACGGCACCAUAACCCAAUCCGACACCCUCAACACCCUCGUCUCCAUCGCCGCAUCCUCAAAACCUGAAUUCCCAACCCAAGAGCGCUGGAAAGCCGUUGUCGAUGCCUAUAUAUCCGACUACACCGCAACCCUGGAGAAGCUCGCUCCCAAUGGCAAGUUUCCGACGACUGUUGGAGGGGAGAAGAAGUUGUUGAGAGAUUUGAAGGCCGUUGAGCAGAGGAGUCUGGAUCGCGUGUUUGAGGCAAGGAUAUUUGAGGGGGUGACGAGGGAGGUGAUUGAAGAGGGGGCGGAGAGAGCUGUUAGGGGUGGGGAGGUGGGGGUGAGGGAAGGAUGUGUGGGCUUUAUGCGAUCAAUCUUGGCCUCGAAGGAAGACAAGCUGCAUUUCAUUGCUUCUUGUCUGAAGGCUGCGGGUGUUCUGGUGGAUCCUGCUGUUAUUCUCGCGAAUGAGUUGGAAGGCAUUGCAGAGGAGAGGGCUUCCACUGGCCAGAUUAGUCCCGAGGGUUCGAUGAAGAUUGUCUCGAGCGGGGACAAGCUACAGUACUUGGAGCAGAUUCGGGAGCAGGGCACUGCGCGUAUUGUGUAUAUUGGCGAUAGCUGGCCAGAUAUCGAAUGUCUACUCGCAGCUGAUGUGGGUAUCUGCAUUCGAGACGAGCCGAUGGGGAGUUCGCAGAGAAAGUUGGCGGAGGCAUUGGAGAGACUGGAGGUUGCGUGUCCUCGUAUCCUUGACCACGACGGUAGCGCUCAGUCGCAAGUUGUUUGGGCGAAGGACUUUUCGGAGAUUUCGACGUGGUUGGAGAACCACCGUUUUGAAGCUGAAAGUACUAGGGCAGGGACAGCCGUGUGA